UCCAGAGUCAAUCAAUUGUCAGGCAGCUGAUGGCAAAGCCUGCGCUAGACCUGACCUUGCUUCUGCGGCACUUGACCUCCGUGUGACACGCAAACCGCUCUUCGUCCUCUGCUUCCUCCCCGUGAUGUUGCACAUCUCGCACCACUUUGCCGCCCACAAAGAUGCAGACAACACGACGAGAGCAUUUCAUUAAUACCGGUGGGCCAAAAGGUUCCCGUCGUUCCUGCGAGUCCUGUCACAACCGUAAGGUACGAUGCGAUGUGGACUCCUCUGGGAUACCAUGCAACAAUUGUCAUUUAGAUGCUCGCCGUUGCGUGAUCAGAGAACCAUUGAAAAGAGGGAGGAAAAGUAGACUUGAACGACUUGCACGCGAGAGGGGGCCGACCUCCGGCACUGAUGCUCCUAUCGUGCCUAGGGCUGACGGUCGACGUAAACGUUCGACAUACGACGAUAUUGAAGCUUGUUUGUCGCUACCGAGGAUAGCACCCCUUUCACAAGGCCUGGACGAAAGUGAUGAUACUCCCUCGACAACGGAUGUAUAUGUUCCUUUCUACUUCCACAAGUUCUUGAAACUUGGAGACAUGCAACACCUGUCACCCACUGAGAUUCGAUGUCUCGAACGCGAGUAUUGCCUUCAGGUUCCAAGCGGCCGAGUAUUGGAUGAAUUUGUACGACAAUACUUUCUCUACGUUCAUCCUUGUCUCCCUCUGCUGAACGAAGGGCACUUUUGGGCCCUAUACUCCGGCUCUGGACGUGAUGGGAAUUGCAGUCCUACUUUCUCACUAGCUCUUUUCCAGGCGAUUCUUUUUACUGCGUGCAGGUUCGUCUCGAUUAGCUCGAUCAAGGCUUGCGGAUUUAGGGAUCUUCAAAGUGCACGUACGACACUCCAUCGCCGUGCUGAGCUGCUGGUAGAGCAUUCUCUGGAACGUGACAGCGUGGCGCUUGCCCAAACAUCGCUAUUGCUGUCUUUGCAAGCCACUCUGGUUGAUCAAAGCCUCAACUCGAUGUGGUUAUCAAAAGCAAUAUCGUACGCCAAGGAGGCUGGUGCCCAGAACUACUACCGUUCGACUCGAUCAGAUAUCGAAACAAUACGGGAACAGAAACGUCUCUGGUGGUGCUGUAUUCUUCGCGACCGGAUGAUAGCCCUUGGUGUUCGCCGCGACAUUCAAAUAAGUCCUGAAGACUUCGAUUUGGACCAAGGCGGGCUGACCGAAUCUGACCUCGUAGGCGAGGCUCACAGUCUCCAAGUCUACGAUUCCAGAUCGAGGUCAGCCUUGAGCAAAACCAUCGUUGCUCAUUGUGCCCUUGCAGUUGCCAUCACAUGGACGAUGAGUGCCGCUUAUGGCGCAUCCUCUUCCUCCCUUGAAGACCGGCCUACCGUAUCUCAAUUGGUCUCGUCUAUGGUAGAGAUCGAGCGAGCGAACACUGAACUCAAGGUCUGGUCACGCAGAUUUAUGUCUGACCUGGUGAAUCAUGGCGAUAGAGAUCUAGGAUGUCGCACACUAAAUCCUUCAGUGACCUUCUUUGCGGACAUGACAUUGAUCCACUACUACUCCGCCAAAAUUGCACUCUGCAACCACCAGGCUUCCAUCCUGCAAAGACACCAAGUUCACCUGGACGAUCACGAGUUUCGCCUUGCCAGCCUCAACAGAGACUUGCGGAAUGCGAUCACUAGUGUAGCGGGCAAAAUUAAAGAACUGAGUAACCAAGGGCUAGCACACAAUCUGCCCAUCACCGCGUGCGUCCUCGUGAUUCUCAUACCUAAGGGUGGACAGUACUCCUGAGUAUCUGCUAAUAACUUUUCCCUAGACCAUCAUGCUCGGCGCUCCCCUUUAUCCUCGAAGCUCUCAACCUCCGACUCUCGGCGGCGGCGCAAAAGGACAUCCACCAGCAGCAGCUUGAACGAUAUGCGGCCAUAAUGAGACUCUUCCGUACUCAACACGACCAUACCGAGUGCGUCACCAGCGCCAUCAACUACCUCCUGCAAGUGGUGGACUCCGAGAUUCAACACCUCGGCCCGUCCUCCCAGGUCUCGCUCCGGGGUGUUGAGCAGCGCGAUUUUGAGAACGGAAAUAGCAAAGCGCUCUUGCAUCGGCCCUCCACUUGGUCAGAUGUAUUCACAGGGAAACCGACGGUUUAUCUGCGCCUCUCGCUCUCUCUGGACUUCGCAUUGUCGCGAGGACGGGCGCCGCGUAUGGCGGACCUGCAGAGCUGGGUUCUUGACACAACGCCUGCUAGUGUGCCGGGCCCGCUGUUUAUGCAUGCGAUGUCGCCGUUAAUGAUGCCGCCUGUCACACCGCCAAUCAUUGUGCCAAAUACAGUGCUUGAUGUCGUUGAUGACAACAAUCAAGAAGAAUGUUUCCCGACGCUGACAACCGAGGACACGACAGACUCUGACCUUGGCUUCGUGAUACCUUGGUAUCUGACCGAGGUGUCGGACUCCGUCUACGGAGAUCUGCAGUUUUUGGACUCGGUCGAGCCAUGUAUUUGAAUCAUCACUGAAUGGCUAACCACAAACCUUGUGCCCCGAUGCAAUCCUGGCGGCUGCUUAUGUUGCCAAUUCUGGCCAUUGUAUAGUAUAUCAUUGAAAAUAACAUGACUGAAAUGUAUGAGACCGACCUAGGUCUGACGAGCAUCCUGGUCAUUGAUCUCUCACUACUACUGCCGGAGAGUAAGGGGAAGUUGUAGCUUCAUCACAAGGUGAACGAGUUGAAAGGCGGCGAAUCAAUACAGUCAGUACCUUGUUUGCCGCUGAUCCACUCGUCGCAGUAAGAUCAUUUGAGGCCCCAGCGACCACGUUGUGCUGUCUAAAUUUCAACCCAUGAUUCGGUGAGGCGCGAGUAGUUCGAUUCCUCCUUGGCAUGUUUGAGGCUCUACUAGAAAGAAAAUACGGG